AUGUUCAAGAAGAGAAACGUGAAAGGUGCUGUGAGACAGAAGGUGGUACGGAGAGACAGUUCCGGUAGCUCUGACAGUGAAGAUGAAGGAGUUGUGCUGAAGAAAGUGAAGAAAUCGGACUCUAAUAUAGACAAUAGUAUUACUAAGAAAGAGUCUAACGGUAAUAUUAAUGAGGAUGAUAAGGAUAAACAACUAACACAGAAUAAUGAAAUCACAAAAGUUGAUGCUUUAAACCAGGAACUCAUAGAUAAAGAUCGUGUACGAAAAUCUAUGAAAAAUCAAGAUCAUGGUGAUGAUAAAGACGAUGGUUUAUAUAAAGGUCAAUCAAAUUAUGCUACAUUUAUCAAACCUACAACUGGUCAAGCUAUGGAUAAAAUAGGCCCCAAAAAGACAAGUGCUAAUAUAAGGAGUACAACUGUUUUUGAUUUCCAAAGAGAUGUUUGUAAAGAUUAUAAACAAACUGGGUUUUGUGGGUAUGGUGAUAGUUGUAAGUUUUUACAUGCAAGAGAUGAUUUUAAAGCAGGUUGGAAGUUAAAUAAGGAAUGGGACUUAGAAUCUAAAGAACAAGAAGCCAAGAUAGAGAAAGAAAUGAGUGAUAUUCCGUUUAAAUGCCCAAUUUGUAAAAAAGAUUAUAAAUCUCCAAUAAGGACAAAUUGUAAUCAUUAUUUUUGUGAAUCAUGUUUCUUGAAAAGAUGUAAAAAGAAUCCAAAUUGUUUUAUAUGUGAUAAAAAUACAAACUCAGUUGCUAAUCCUGCCAAAAAUUUACAACAAUUAUUAAAGAAAUAG